ACACUGGUCUGGGAUUGGGCCAGUGUGUGUCCAACCAUGUGGUCAAAGAGCUCCUGAUGGGACACACUGAGGAUUUAACUCUUUAUGUGAGUGGAAGAGGAGCGGACACACAUCCACAUGCCUCCAGAACAACAGGCUCCUUUAUCAACUUUUAUUUUAAAAGCACUUUUCUUUAUUGUUUAAUGUAGAAAAAGCUCUAUUCAUUCAUAUACAUGCGACAGGAAACAAUGGAUGCGCCCCCACAGACAAAGACAGUUGGAAGCCUCCAGUCUCCCUCAGCAGCUAACCUGGCCACGUUGCAGUCCUACAGGCCGCUCCUGAGUGACUAUGGACCUCCAUCUCUGGGAUUCUCACAGGGCUCCACCGGCAGCCAAGUGCCUCAGAACAAAUAUGCAGAGCUGCUGGCCAUCAUCGAAGAGCUCGGGAAGGAGAUCAGGCCCACAUAUGCUGGAAGUAAGAGUGCAAUGGAGAGACUGAAAAGAGGAAUAAUCCAUGCCAGAGGGUUGGUGCGUGAAUGCUUGGCUGAGACGGAGAGAAAUGCGCGCUCCUAGCUACAAACACACAUUCCUCCCUGCAAGAAGAAGAAGAAGAAGAACGAACAGUGUGCGUCUCACGAAAAAAAAAACAACAACUUGCAUGGCAUUUCCUUCAAGAAGAGGAAGUAAAUGAACAAAGGAUGGGAAAAGCAAGCUCCUAGAGAGAGAGAGAGAGAAAAAAAUUCAAUGACUCCUGGAGGAUCAUUUAAAUCAUGUGUGGGUUACUGGAAUUCAUGAGAGGGUAUCAUGUGUUUUUAUGCCCCACUUUUGGGAUCUUAAUUUUGACUUCAUAUUUAAAACCAUUGAUUUAUGCAUGCGAACGGGCCCGGGGGUUAACUGUAGACAGUGCAUGGCUUGUACAGGGGUAGAUGGAAAGGACUUGUUUUUGAUAGUAUUUUGGUCUGUUUUUCAGACCCUUAAAAAAACACACAUGACAGAGUGAGUGCGUGCGCGAGGGGCAAAGAUGUGCCAUAUGCAUCGGUUCAUUCAUGUUGAGGUUGGUUUUGGUAUAAAAGAAAAAAAAAAGGAAAAUGCUGUUACUUGCAUCUUUGUAUGUAUUUAUUACUCAGUGUAAUAAAUUGUAUUUUCAAUAGA